AUGGCUGCCGCUGCGAAGCCGACAAAAAAUCAGCUAAAGCGAGCAAAGAAGAAGGCCGAGAAGGAGAAGAAAAAGGUACAAAUGAUGGCUUAUCAUCCGUGUCCUAAGUCUAACGUCACGCAGGCCGGUCCUGAAUCAACCCCAGAAACCACAAUCACAAAUGGAGUAUCCCCCAAGCCCGAGCCCGGACAAGAACAGUCUGUGGCCUCAAAUGGCGUCAAGAUCAAAUCAGAAGAUGCGCGCAAUGGCGGCGCCCUUGCCGAACCGCUCAUUGUCGACGAUGGGAAUCCUCUAUUCGACAUGUACAAAGAUGUGAUGGGAAAAUUCGAAGAGGCGGACAAAGAAGAUCCCGCGCUCAAGGCACCUGAGAAGCCUGAGGUGUACUUUGACGAUGACGACGAUAUUCCAGAUGAAGACGAAGAAAAUGCGGCGCCAAAGGUUUCCAAGAAAAAGAAGAAAGAGAUGACGAAGUUGUCUGUGGCAGAACUGAAGGCUCUUGUCAAUAGGCCUGAGAUGGUGGAAUGGACAGACACGUCGGCGCCUGAUCCCAGGUUGUUAGUCCAUAUCAAGUCGUAUCGGAACGUUGUCCCCGUACCGAAUCAUUGGUCACUCAAGAGAGAGUAUCUUUCUUCAAAACGAGGUAUCGAAAAGCCGCCGUUCGCCCUGCCAAAAUUCAUCCAGGAAACAGGUAUCGCGGAAAUGCGGGACGCGAUUCUGGAGAAGCAAGAAAACGCCACUUUGAAGCAGAAACAACGUGAGAGAGUGCAGGGAAAGACGGGCAAACUCGACAUUGAUUAUCAGAAACUCUACGAUGCAUUCUUCAGAUUCCAGACCAAACCCGAGUUGACCAGGUAUGGCGAGGUCUAUUAUGAGGGCAAGGAGUUUGAAACAAACUUACGACACUUACGGCCCGGGGAGCUAUCUGACGAAUUGAAAGAGGCGCUGAAUAUGCCUCCUGGGGCACCUCCUCCGUGGCUGAUCAAUAUGCAGAGAUAUGGACCGCCUCCAUCGUAUCCAGCUCUCAAGGUACCCGGUGUUAAUGCGCCUCCUCCUCCCGGCGCAAGCUGGGGGUUCGCCCCGGGACAAUGGGGCAAACCACCCGUGGAUGAAGCGACGAACAGACCUCUCUAUGGUGGGGACAUCUUCGGCGUGCUACAGCAGCAACAGAACGCUCAGCAAGGCGAACCUGUAGAGAAAGAACUAUGGGGUGAGCUACAAGAACAAGAAGAGUCCGAAGAGGAAGAGGACGAGGAAGAAGAGGAGGAAGAAGACGACGAAGAGGAAGGUGGAGCUGGGCUGGACAGUUCAACCGGUCUGGAGACACCCAGCGGCAUGACAUCCGCUGUGCCCACUGAAAUUGGCGGCACGGAGACUGUCUCUGAAUUUGACUUGCGAAAACGCCGGGGCACGGAAACUGAGGAGUCGCAUCAUCCACGGUCUGCCUACCAAGUCAUUCCAGAACGCCAGUCUCGCGUCGAGGGCUUUUUUGGCGGUGACCGCGUCUACGAUCUCAAGGCUGCUCAACAACAAUCUGCUGUCGGUGUCCCUGUCCUGGGACAAGAUGAUACGUCUCGUAAACGGAAGAAGCCAGGCGAUGUGGAUGUGUCAAUGGACCCGGAUGCUCUCGCCGCACAUGAUGGGAUGGAUAAAGAAGAGCUGCGCCGCGCAUACGAGCAGGGUCGUAAGGCGGAGCAGAAUCCCAACUGGGAUUUCCAGGAGGAUUUGUCAGAAAUGAUUGCGACAGAAUCGAGGAAGAGGCAGAAGAGGGAUGAAGAAAGAAGGGGGAAGAGAUGA